AUGGCAGUUGCACAUCCUAGCCGACUUGCCAAAAAUAUCACAGAAGACUAUCUUACGUGCUCAAUUUGUUUAAAUCGUUUUCGGGAGCCAAAAUCCUUGCCAUGUGAACAUUCGUUUUGUCUGCAAUGUCUUGCCGAACACAUUAAAGAUACUCAAAUAAAUGGUACUUUCAUGUGCCCAAUGGAUAGACUUGAAAUUCAAAUUCCAGAAAACACGCAUGAUUCAUGGGAAUGUGCAUCUUCAUUUGAAAGUGACACACUGCUUUCUGAACUGAUACACGCUCUAAGCGAGAAUGUACGCAAAAGCACAACUAUCAUACACAAGGAGACGGAAGAACAACUUGAAUUUUUCUGUUUUGGAUGCAAUGAAAUUGUGUCUGCGGAAAAUGCAGUGGAAAAACACAGAAAAUCGACUUGCGACUGUGUGAAUCUUAAAAAAGCUUUUAAACGUGUCUUACCUAAAAUAAGUGACUUAACAAAAUCUAUUGAGGGCAUGAUUGUGAAAACUAAUAAAUUGAAAGCUGAAUCUCGCCAAAGAUCAGAGUCUUCACCGAACAACGAGACACUAGAAGAAAUUAAAAGUUUCGAGUCAAAACUUGACAGAUUUUAUUCUCGUUGCCAAGCUGAUAUUUUGUCACUUAAGAAGGAACUACUAAGUAACGACGAGCCAGAAGCAGACGACAAGUUGGAAGACCUCUCGCGCGUGGUACAAAGAAAGUAUCAAUCUUUUAACAAUGCUAUGGAUGAAGAAAACACUGUGGUCGUUCUCGAACAGUAUGUAGACAUCAACAAAAGUCUCCCCGGUCUACAGAAACAAAUCGACGAGAUUCCUAAAACUUUUUUCCGCAGAAAUAGUUCCAAAUUUGUCCCGAAUGAAAGUUUGUUGAGUGUUUUUGACAAUCCCAUUAACUGUGGACAUAUACACACGAUCGAACUUUCAAAUUUCAAGGCUAAAUCUGAGCUACCUUUCAAUUAUUAUGAUGUUGCAAUUACAGGAAAAUAUUUAAUUGUCGUUGAUGGCGAAAAUGGGCUAUUGAAACGGUAUCUAAGUGACUGCACUUUUGUCGAUAGUUUACGUCUUUCGAAUGCCUGUAGGGUAACUGUUUUGUCAGAUGAUGACAUUGCUGUUACUCGAUUUGGAAAGAAGAAGAUUACCCUGGUAACAGUUGGUCGAAAAAUGUACGUUAAAGGUCACAUACGUACAAAGAGGUCGUACAUUGGUAUAGCAUGGCUGAAUGAUGGGGGUUAUGCAGUUUCUUAUUACGACGGCGAAUCUCCUCCAGGCAUUGAAAUACUUGGUAAAGAUGGAAAAGUACACAGAACAGUUCUUGGGCACCCUAGCCCCAACGGUAAUACCCCUUUAUUCGUGUGCCCCAUGUUUAUGACCACGACAACAAGUGGCGACAUUGUUCUGUGUGAUUAUAGCGAUACAAAAAACAUUUUGUGUUUCACACAACACUUAGAACUUUUAUGGUGUCAUUCUCUAUCCAGCAUGCCUUGUAGUGUUUCCUGUGAUCGUUAUAGUCUUUACGUGACUUUACCGGAGGAAAACGAAGUUGUAGCUCUCUACCAAGAAAACGGAGAAAAGAUGCGGACUAUUAUUAAACAAACUGAUGGCUUAGAAAGGCCAUAUGCCAUUAGUUGGUAUGCCGGUGUUUUAGCUGUUACAGAGGACGAAUCAGAAAACAUUCAUUUGAUUCACUUAUGA